GUACAUAAUAUUUCAGUUCUUUCGCGUACGGACAGUGGAAGAAUAAUUACUUUUUAAUAGUAUCGAUACAAAAAACUUUAUAUGUGAGAUCAAUAAUUAAUAAAUAAAAAGUAAAAAUGGUGCUUACUUACGACGUCGAGCUGCCAGAAGAAUCUGAACUCACAGUGCAAGAAAUUGAAUUAUCAACACCAGCAUUACGAGCUGGUUCAUUUCAUUUAGGAAAAUAUUGUGAAAACGCUAAUAAUGAAUUUAUGCUUUGUCGCCUUGAAGAGAAGGACCCCCGUAAAUGUAUCAAUGAAGGCAAAGCUGUUACUGCUUGUACAUUGGAGUUUUUCCAGAAGGUCAAGAAAACUUGCUUAGCAGAGUUUAAUCAGUACGCUCAUUGCAUUGACAAGAGCUCUGGAGAUAUGGGACUACAACAUUGCCGGACAACUCAAGGUGUUUUUGAUGGUUGUAUGCUCGAGAAACUUAAUUUGGAACGACCACCCUUCGGAUACUUCUGUGAAGCAAGAGUUCAUGCCACUACCAGACCCAAGCCACCGGUAGAACCAAAAGCAGUUUACCCCGACGCAACACCAGCAUUGCCAGAUGACUAUGAGAAGAAACCGGCACGCUUCGGUUCUCGUUUCUACUGGAUGACGGAAUAAACUCAUUUCCAUGAUUCAACUACACUAAUUGUGUAUCACCACCCAAUCAACCAAUAUCAUCACCCUUAUAAUAUUGACAUUAUUACACAAGACACUAUGUACAUUCUCUGUGGAUGAACACUGAACGUGGCCAAAAUUGGAACCAAGAAGCCAUCUUGCUUUAAGGAUUUCAAUUGUCAUUUAUACAUAAUAAUAACAUUUAGAUGACAAGCUAACAUUCACAUUGACAGGUCUUGUUAAUUUAAUAAUCAUGUUAUUUUACGAAAAUGUGUAGUUGAAAUUGAAAAAUGGCGUUCCCAAUGUAAUUUUAUGUUAAAAUUGUAACACAAGUUACUUUGCUUGUUAGAUGAUUAAGUAGAACAUUAGAUAAGUAUAACAUUUGAUAAUUGUUUUAAAUCAUGGCUUAAGGUUCGUUUACAAUUACUUUUCUGAUGUUUUACUUUAUAUUAAACAGUUGUAGAUAAUAAAUUAUGAGGAAUCA